GAACACAUCCAUGACCCCACUUGAACAUGCAGGUGUUAAAAAAUGGACAAAUGGUAAUAAACAAAAAUCAGAGGUGCUUUUGAGUAUGUUGCGAGCACUCAUCAAACAAUACAAUGAUGGUCUGUUCUCGACUUUUGCGAAACCCCAAUUCAAGGAUAGUCCAGACUGUGGCCCGAAAGUCUAUGACAUAUCGAAUAUAUGGAACUUUAUAGUGACUCAUCCCAAAAAGUACGGAAUCAAAAACCUCACUGACAGUUGUUUUACCAAUAACACUGUUUGUCACAACGUUGAUGAAUACUUCUUUUGGGAUUACAUUCACGUAACACCUAAAGUUCAAAGAUUAUUUGGCGAGGACAUAUAUAAAUUUGUCUCGUGCAACUUCUGAGAAUUCUAGAAUUGUCUUUGGGGUAUUGGAUGAUCGACUCGUUUGUUUCUUGGGAAGAGGAAAAUUCCUCAUUACCACUAUGCUUCUUGAUAUAUCACUUUCUUUUGUUAGUUUCGUUCAUCACAUAUAUGUUGUUGUCUGCCUAGUCGAUUUAGAUAACAAAGGACAUCAAUGUUUUCUCUGUUUUAUAUUCUCAAUUUGCAUUUCUAACGAUAACGCCCUCCGUCAGAAAUCUUACAAAUCCCUGUCUUGGUGUAGUUCAGUUGUACCUGUCAAUAUAACAAAUUUGUUCACAAACUCAAUCAGAAAGUUUCUUUCAGG